UACCUGUCAAAUUUUUAGUAAAUCUCUCUGAUGUUACUAGUAAAACAUAAAGUAUCCAGGAAAUUUUGCAGUUUCCUGCUGUUUCUCCUGUUGCUCCUGCCCUCCUGCUAUUCUGGCAGUCCGAUGGGGGGUCACUUCAUUCGUCGGCGGACAAAACGCCUCUCAAGUCCCUUUUUCGACGAGGAGAAAACCUUGAGACUAGCCAAGUACAUUGUCUCCAUUCGAUCUCGAACGCCCCGCAAAUUUUUCGGAGAUAAUCACUUUUGCGGCGGAGUCAUAGUAUCGCAAAAAUACAUCCUGACCGCCGCCCACUGUGCCAUGGACAAGCGCAAGAUUAUACACCGAAGUCGAGUAUUGGUAGUAGCUGGAUCCCCAAAUCGCUUGAAAUACCAAGAUGGAAUCACCGCGAGUGUGCCAGUGAAGAAGAUCUUUGUACCGGAGAAGUUCACGGUGUUCAAUACGCACAACAUUGCGCUGAUGAUGUUGGCCAAGAAACUGCCCUUAGACAAUCCGCAAGUGGGCGUGAUCAAUCUGCCCACGACCGAUCCGGAGCCGGGUCUCAACUACACGGUCCUGGGCUGGGGACGGGUCUUUAAAGGCGGUCCCAUGGCCUCUAAUAUCCUGCAUAUUGAUGUGGAACUUCUAGCCCGCGAGAUCUGUGAGAAGAAACUUCACACUUUUAAGGAGGAGAUGCUGUGUGCUGGUAAUCUAAACAACAGCCUGGAUGAGAAUCCCUGUGCCGGUGACACCGGAGCCCCACUAAUCCACAACGAAACAGUCUUUGGGGUGGUCAGCUAUCGCCUUGGAUGCGGAUCCACAACCUUGCCAUCGGUUUACACCAAUGUCUACCUCCAUUUGGACUGGAUCAAUGAAAUAAUGGCCAAAAAUGCAGGGAAACACUUGAAACAUACUCUUAGCUUAAUCCUCAUAGGUAUGGUAGUCGUGAGAAAUACAAUUCUGAACAGUUGGCGGCUUUAUUUGAUCACCAUUUAG